AUGUCCUUCUCCAAGCUGGAUGUCCGCGCGCACAUCCAAAAUUUGACCGCUGCGAAGACGUUAGAGCCGCACUGGGGCUACGCAGACCGUGCUGUACCUUGCACAAACGAUGCCGGCUCAUGCGCCUAUCUCGAUGUCGUAUAUUCGGCCCAUGAUCGGGGAAUGCUGUAUACAGGCAUCCUCUGGUCGACCCUGGGAGGAAUCCUUUUCAUUUGGGCUAUUUUGAGACAUUUCAACGAGCCAACGAUAUCACCGUCUUUGACUGUUCCACGAUUGGCUGGACUUCGCAAACUUCGAGUGUCGCUCGCGGUAUUCAGCCGUAGAUAUCUUCUCCCCGACGCAGUCCGCGUCAUCUUUGGCCGCACUACGCGCCUACAAGUUCUCGUUCUUGCAGCUCUGGCCGGCUAUCUUCUCAUCUUCAGUUUUGUCGGCAUCACCUACAACACCUGGAUCACCCCCGUGUCCGGUAUGGAUGGUGUCUAUAACACUCGGUCUAGCAUCGGCCCGUGGUCGGAUCGCGUUGGCGUUCUUGCAUAUGCACUCACUCCUCUUUCAGUGAUGUUGAGCAGCCGCGAGUCUUUCCUCUCUCUGAUCACUGGCUUGCCCUAUCAAACAUUCAACUUCUUGCAUCGCUGGCUGGGCUAUAUUAUCUUUGUCCAAAGCGCCCUCCACACAAUCGGUUGGUGUAUAGUUGAGUUGAGAUUGUACCAGCCACAACCUAAGGUCGGAAUCGAGUGGAUCACACAGACAUACAUGAUUUGGGGCAUUGUAGCCAUGAUUCUGUUGCUCUUGAUAUUCGUCCUCAGUACCCCGUGGGGUAUCAGACUCACCGGAUACGAGACCUUCCGCAAGUUACACUAUGUCCUUGCCAUGGUCUUUAUCGGCGCUUGCUGGGGUCACUGGGAACAACUGAAAUGUUUCUUGCUUCCAUCUCUCAUCUUUUGGUUCCUCGAUCGAGGGGCUCGUUUAAUUCGCACCGCUGUUCUGCAUUAUCACCCAGGCGAAGAAUCAGGAAUGCUGGGUUUCAAGUCUAUUGAAGCUGCCAUCACACGUUUUUCAGACGAGGAACAUGGCGACGUGAUUCGUCUUGAUUUGGAGAAUGUACAGGAACCUUGGAACAUCGGUCAGCACUAUUACUUGUGCUUCCCACAGGGAAGUGUGUGGCAAUCACAUCCAUUCACUCCUCUCAAUGCACCCGAGAUCGUCAAGGGAACGGUGAAGCAUUCAUAUAUCCUUCGCGCCAAGACAGGCGAGACAAGAAAGAUCGCAGAUCUGGCUGCGAAUGGUGUUUUGACUACUCCCGUCAUCUUGACAGGUGCUUAUGGAGAGACUAUCACCAAAGAAUUGGCACCAAAUACCAACAUUAUCUGCGUUGCAGGCGGAACAGGAAUUACCUACGUGCUGCCCCUACUGCUCAGUCUUGCCCAGCAGCCAUCUUCACCGGAUCGAAAAAUCGAUUUAGUCUGGGCAAUCAAGCACACAAGCAACGUCCAGUGGAUCCGUCAAGAGCUGGACCUCCUCCGAAAAGCCAAGAAGGCAAUGAACCUGAAAAUCCGUAUCUUCGCUACCAGAGACACCAAUACCCCGACUACGUCCAGAGAAAGCAUUCUACCAGCCAAGAAUGAAGACGAGAAGUCAAUGCAAGCCUUACAGCAAUCUUCAUCCGAGGCUGACCUUUGCGAUUGUGACCUGGAUGUCCCAGUCAAGCUUGGUGGUGGAUCGGCAGAGAGCAGGCAUCCUGAUUUACAGAAGUUGAUCACUGAAUUCCUGGAUAACACAAUCACGGGCCCAACAUCCAUAUUUGCUAGCGGGCCUGGCGGUAUGUUGAGUGAUCUAAGAGAGAUUGUUGCUAAAUGCAAUUCUGCUUCCAAGCUGUGGAAUGGGGACGAGAAGUUUGAUGUCAACUUAUGUUAUGAUGAUCGCCUUGAGUGGUAG